AUGGAGAAAACCAACGGUUUCAAAGGGCCCUUAGGUCGCGCCAAGAGGCUCAGGCUGGAAGAGCAACAGCGUCGAUUAAAGGAUGGCACGCCCGAGCAGGUCCUGACGAUCGAGGCGGACAGUCUGCUCUCGAAAAUACAGCAUUAUCAGCAGCAGCAGCAGCAGAAUGAUGAAAGGGAAGACCACGAUGAGGUAAUUUCUCGAGAUGGUGGGGAAAGAGGAUCCAAAGAAGGACAGGAUCAGUAUCUUGCAGGUGACCAGGACGACAAGCGCCGCCCAGGGACCUCGUCGUCGCGGCCGCGAACCUCCCGUCCCGACCCGCACACAGAACUCGAGCUGGAGAUCGUCGAGCUCUCGUCCACCGGCGACGGACUCGCCUAUGCACCUCCUUCCAAGGACUUCAUCUACGUGGUCCCCUUCGCCGUGCCCGGCGACAGAGUCCUGGCCAAGACGUUUCCCCAGCGCGAGGAAUCCCCGCUAUGGGCACGCGUCGAUUUCGUCAAACUCGUCCGCCCCUCGCCUCGUCGCGAGGGCGUGAGUCCCCAGUGCCCCUAUUUCGGAGUCUGCUCCGGGUGCCAAUUGCAAAUGCUUCCCUACGCGGACCAGCUCGCGCACAAGAAGACAAUCGUGGAAAAGGCGUUCAAGCACUUCUCGAACCUGGACCCGUCGCAGAUUCCCCCGGUGGACGACACCAUCGGAUCACCCCUCCAGUACGGCUACCGCACGAAACUCACGCCGCAUUAUAGUGGAGGCACGAGGUCGAAACCUCUCAGACAAGGGGACGACCCGCCACCGUUCGGGUUCAUGAAGAAGAACACGCCCCAUAUCUUGGACAUUGAACAGUGUCCGAUCGGCACGCCGAUUCUCAACAAAGGUCUCAAGAUACAACGGAAAAAGAUGCACGGGGAGUUUUGGAAGAGCAAGAAUGGCGCGACGGUCCUGUUGAGGGAGUCGACGAGGCGCGAAAUGAUCCCGUCAUCAGCACGGGGGAAGAUAUCGACACAAGACACCUUGUCAGGCGACGACGAUGGGCCCAAGGAAAUGGUUGAAUCCGCAAACGCAAACAUAGGCAAAAACGGACAGACGACACCCUCCGCCUCCUCCUCGUCUUCUGAAUCGAAUACUCAAGAUCUGUCGUCCCUACCGCUGGCCUACGCCGGCGAGCCCCUCUCAACCGAGCUUUCCUUCCCCUCCCCAACCACCCCCGAAAUCACAUACACGUACCCCCGCUUCCGAGACAUCAAGACCUACACUUCAGACAACAAAGCCCUGACGACAGAGCAUAUCGGGCCAUACACGUUCACCACGCGGGCAAACAGUUUCUUCCAGAACAACAACUCCAUCCUGCCUACUUUCUUGACCUACAUCCGUGAGAACCUGCUUCCAAAAUCGACACCCCCCCAAAAAUCAGUACCCACCACGCCAACACCAGCACCAGUAGUGUCUUGGGUGGGCUCUGGCGUCAACGUCAAGUCAGAGUCUGAAGAAGAGGCCCCUGGUCCCACCAAGGAGAUCAAAUACCUGCUCGACGCAUACUGCGGCUCGGGCCUGUUCAGCAUCGCCCUGGCGCCGUACUUCUCGUCGGUCUUGGGGAUCGACAUCGACGCACUCUCCAUCUCGUGCGCGCGCGACAACGCCAAACUGAACCACACCGCCAAUGCCAGAGAAAACGCCGCUGGGGAGAGCAACACGGGCUUCAUCGCCGCCGACGCCCAAGCUUUGUUCACCGACGUGCCCUUCCCGCCCUCCCAAACCCUCGUGGUCAUCGACCCGCCCCGCAAGGGCGCCUCGCCGGACUUUCUGCAGCAGCUCUGCAAUUUCGGCCCCAAGCGCGUCGUCUACGUGAGCUGCAACGUGCACACCCAGGCCCGCGACGUGGGCAUGCUGGUGGCCGGAUUCCCCGGCGGGAGGUGGCGGUACAGGAUCGAGAAGUUGGGCGGGUUUGAUUUUUUCCCGCAGACGGGACAUGUGGAAGGCGUGUGUUUCCUGAAUCGGGUCGGGUGA